UCUCUAUGUUAUUGACUUUUUUUUUAGUUGAAAAAAUAGUUUAUUAACACAACCAAAGGAGAUAGCAUAGAAUAUUGCAUUUAUCAGGUUCAAACCACAACCAAAACAGAAAAUUAAAACAUGAAAUUAGAAACACAAAUUUUAGAAGAUUUAGAACAUGGACAAUACAAAUGAACACUCAUUUGAAGGAAUCUUUUCUCAGUCAUACAACCCAAUCUUUAGCUUGGUAGGUGAAAAUCAAGAGAGGAGUGAAGUAUUUAUGGGUGGGUUUGGAAAAAUUCUUCCAUUUGAAGAUUUGAAUUCCUCUGAGAGUAUCACAAGUUCAUAUAUUGCUUGUAUUGCCAACAAUUAUCGAGUUCCAAAAGAGGUGGGGUGGGACAAAAAUCCUUUUUUUUUUUUUCCAACAAUUAUCAAUUUCAAAUGAUGUAAUUUUUUCUUUAUUUUAAAUCCAGUACAUAGAUUAUAUAUGGAAAUAAAAUCUAAUAAUUCAAAUUAGAGACAAAUAUCUACCAAAUUAAUUAUAGUUGGAACUCUUCUAAAAUUUUCAACAUGGGAACGAAUAUAACCUUAAGGGCCCAUUUGGAUUGAGGGGAGAGGGAGGAGAUGUUAGAAAUCAACACUAACUUUCUUGUCUCUAUAAACUUCUAGAAUUCCAUUCAAUUUGCUUCUCUCUGGAAUUUUUUAGAAAAUUCUCUUACAUUCCGGAAAUUUCUCCAUGAUGCUCUUUCCGGAUUUCUCUAUGAGAUAUCUCUAGAGACUUCUAUAUAGAAGUAAAACUCAGCCACAUGUUUAUAGAAUAGUCUAGAAGCUUGGUAAAUAAAGUACUUAAAAAAAAGAAGCUAGAAACUUCAAGUUGGUUUCCUAACCAACAUACAUCUAGUAUAAAUAGAUGUGGUGAUGGGUGAAGUGAAGUGUAACCUUAUAGAAUCCAAAAAUGAUAGGUGACGCACAUGCUAGGCUCAACGACUGUGGCAUUCGCUAAGUUCUGAGAUGCCCAGUUGUCCACAUAUCACAAUUUUCAAGCCUGGAGGCUGGAACCCAAUUUUAGAAAUACUAAUAAAAAAAAUAAAGGACUUUGUUUAUAUUGUAUUUACAAAGUAAACAUGCAAAAAAUAGCAAAUAUUCUACACCUAUAAAAAGUGUUCAACAUCUGCCACUUUAUGCGUUUACAAUGUAAAUUCACAAUGUACUGUAAAGAAUUUCCAAAAAAAAAAAAAAAAAAACCGUCUUUUUUCUUGCAAAGUGUUAAAUUUGGUGGCUGCUUGUUUUAAUAAUUGAGAGAGGGAAGGAAAUUUCAGCGAAGUUUCAUCGUUGGCAUUUAGCCAUUAUAGAGAGAGAGAGAGAGAGAGUGAAGAAAAAGACAUGGAUCGACGACCAUUAGAAACUUUCAAUUUCACAUGAGUAAUUCUACGAAAAAACACUAGUCAAGUCAAGCCAUAUAAGUAAUAUAAAAACUCCUUGUAAAUUGCUUGACCACUCCUCUUCUCGUCUAUUCUCUCUCUCUCUCUCUCUCUUUCUCUUCAGAGUCUAUUAUUACCUUCUCUCUCUCUCUCUCUCCUUCUUACUCUUGCUGACCUCCACUAUUGACUGCAUCUACCUAUUUCCAAGCUUGAAGCUGCUACAAUCUUCCUUUCACAUCCAUUGCUGCUCAUCUACCGAUUGAGGUCUAGUUCUUUUUCUUUCUCUAAUUCUUCCCAACAUUCACUGCAUCUACCUAUCUGCAAGCUAUUUAAGAAAAAAAAAAAUAAUGGGAAGAAAGAGAGAUCGAUUUUGGGAUUACGCUGAGGACCUAAGGGGUCGUUUCAAAUGUAACUAUUGUAAGCAUGAAUUCCCUGGAGGUGCAUCAAGGAUUAAAUCACACUUGGCUGGAGUUAAAGGGCGUGAUAUUCUUAUAUGUGAUUUUGUGCCUGAAGAUGUACGUAAAGAAGCUUAUGAAGCAACUCUAGGAACUAACAAAAAACUUAAAAAUGCUUCAAUCUCAAGUAGUGAUAAGGGGAGUACAAUCCUCUCAACUUCAAUUUCAACAAUUCAAAAGGAAAAAAUUGUCACACAGAGCGAGGAAGAAUAUAUAGAUGAAAUUGUGCUCGAUGAUGUUGUGGGUAGACUAGUAACCAAAGCGUUUGCACUUGCCACAAAGGAUAUCAUUUUUAAGUGGGGUUUUAAGGAGGAGCUGGAAAAUCUUUUUGACUCAUUAUACAAGAUUAAAGUUGUGUUACAUCAAAAGAGGCAAGUAAGUGAUGAGUUUGUAAGGAUCUGGUUAAUGGAGCUUAGAAAUGUAGCUUAUGAAGUUAAUAAUGUGUUAGACAAAUUUGACUAUGAGAUCAUUCGGCAAAAGGUACAACCUCAAAGCCAAAUGAUAGCUCAGGUAUGUAGCUUUUCGUUCUCUGAUCACAAUAAAGUUAAGACCAUCAAACAAUCGUUGGAUAAACUUGUGGCUGAUGUAGCUGGCUUUGGUCUUAGAAUAGAGUUGUUGAAGUCAAUCAUCAAGAUUAGGUUGGACAAGAAUGAGGAUUCAUUCCUCAAUGAUUCAGAAGUUAUCGGAAGAGAAUUUGAUGUUGUACAGAUAGUGAACGAACUUAUUAGUUCAAGCAAUCAACAAGUUAUAUCUGUUCUUCCUAUCGUGGGUAUGGUAGGUCUUGGAAAGACAACUUUAGCAAAGGUAUUGUAUAACCAUGGAGAAAUAAAGAAACACUUUGAUGUGCUAGCGUGGGUACAUGUCGGUGGAAAUUUUGAUGUUGAAGAAAUCUCAAGAAAGAUUCAUGAGUCUCUCAAAAUAGACUUGACUAAUUUAGAAAAGAAGAAAUACUUUCUUGUACUUGAUGAUAUUUGGAUCGAAGACUGUGAUAAAUGGGAUAUUUUAAGGAAUCACUUGGUAGGGAUUAAUUCAAAUACUAGAAUUAACAUUAUUGUGACAACGCGUAGUGACAAAGUAGCACAGAUUAUGGGGACACUUCCUCCACAUCACUUGGAAAAAUUAUCAAAAGGUGAUUGUUGGUCUAUAUUAAAAGAAAGAGUAUUUGCAGAUGAAGGAAAAUCACUAACUUUUGAUUUGGAGGCUAGUGGAAGGGAGAUUGCUAUAAAAUGUAGAGGGGUUCCAUUGGUUGCAAGAGUUUUAGGAGAAGCAAUGUACUUUAAAUGUGAUAAAAAGGAAUGGUUAGCAAUACAAAAUGAUAAAAUUUGGCAUUUGUUGGAUGAUGAUAAUGGUGGUAUCUUUCCAACGCUAAAGUUAUGGUUUGAUAAUCUUCCAAUACCAUCUUUGAAGCAAUGUUUCGCAUAUUGUGCAAUUUUUCCUAAAGAUUAUGACAUGAAAAAGGACGAAAUAAUUCGGUAUUGGAUGGCUGAAGGGUUUCUUGAACCAGUUGAAGAAGCUAAUAUGGCAAUGGAGGAUAUUGGUAACAUGUAUUUCAAUAUUUUGUUGACCACUUCCUUUUUUCAAAAUGCUAGAAAGGAUGCCUACGGUAAUAUUAUUAGUUGCAAAAUGCAUGAUUUGGUGCAUGAUUUCGCCCUCUCAAUUUCAAAACAUGGAACUCUGAUUUUGGACAGAGAUUCAACGGAUGAAGCAACACAAGAAAGUUCAUAUCAUAGAGAAGAUUUCAUAAAAUUGCACUCAUUGUUUUCAGAAAAUUUUGACUUUAACAACAUGUUAUCAAAUUUUAAAUGCUUACGUGUUUUAAAAUUACAUGGGGUUAGUAUAAGAGGGUUUCCAGAUUCAAUUGAGCCGAUAAUACAUUUGAGGCUUCUUCACAUCUUGGACCCUGAAAUUGAAGAAUUACCAAAAUCCAUCACCAAACUCUACAAUUUGCAAACUUUAAUAAUUGAGGGCUACGAAGGAGAGCUUCCAGAAGACCUAAGCAAUUUGAUUAAGUUAAGACAUAUUCUUCUUAAUAACAGUGAUAUUAUAAAAACGCCUAAAAAUAUGAGUAUGUUGACUUGCCUUCAAACAUUGUCAUUUUUUGCUGUGGAUUCAGAGGAUGGUUAUCGGAUUACAGAAUUGGGAGCUUUAAAGAAUCUCAAAGGAGAAAUAGUAAUAAAGAAUCUAGAGUACGUGAAAGAUGAGGAAGAAGCCAAAAGUGCAAAAUUAAAAGAAAAGGAAAUAUUCAAGUUGCUAUUAUACUGGAGUUCUGACAGAGGAGAGAACGACAUGUAUAAUGAAGAUGAAAAGGUGUUGGAAGGCCUCCAGCCUCACCCAAAUUUGAAAAGCUUAACAAUCGAAAGGUAUCUUGGAAAGAAAUUCCCAUCAUGGGUUGUUGGUUUGUCUUCGCUAUAUCACAAUUUGAUUGAGAUCAAAUUGAUACGUUGUAGGGAAUGUGAAGAAGUUCCCACUCUGGGGCAAUUACCCUGUCUUAGGGUUCUUGAAAUAAUAGGAAUGUGGAAGGUAAGAAGUAUAGGAAGUGAGUUUUACUUUUACAGUGAUGGGAGUUACAGAAAUACUACUACUACAUUAUUUCCGGCAUUGAGAAUACUCAAAUUGAAGGAGAUGUAUUCCCUAGAAGAGUGGAAGGAUGCAAAGGAGUUGACAACCGCAGAUGAGGUGUUGUUUGUGUUUCCUUGCCUUGAGGAGUUGACCCUUAGAAGUUGUCAUAAACUGAGAGAUUUGCCAGACUCACUGCACACCUGCGUUUCCCUUCAGAAGUUGGUAGUAGAGUGUUGUCCUAUGCUGAGGUCAUUGCCAGGUGUCCGGUCCAGUGGGUUACAAUAUUUGGAGAAUGGGGAUUGUAGUCGUCUGCCUUCUUCUUCUACUUCCUCCAUUCACCCCUCCCUCCAAAAGCUACAGCUAAUAGGCUGUGGGUCUCUCCUGCUGGACCAAAUUCAAUACUUCAUUGCCCUUAAAAUUCUGUGGAUAGAGGGAUUUUAUGAGAUGGUAGCUUUGCCAGAGUGGUUGGGCAAUCUUUCCUCUCUUCAACGGCUUUAUAUUGUGUAUUGCUGGAAACUGCUGCAUCUGCCCAGCGAGGAAGCCAUGCGACGCCUCACCCAAUUGAAAACGCUAACGAUUUAUGGAUGCCCUAAAUUUGAAGACAAUGAGCGGUUCAAGAUUGACCACAUUCCAUGGGUUGAAAUCAAUGAUCCUCGGUAAGUCUACUCGUACUAC